AUGUCGGCCUCACACGCACGCCCCAAGCGGGCGGGCGAAGACUUCGCUCGUACGCACCACCAUGACGAAGAUGAGAACGGCGCCUCAUCAAGCAAAAAGCCCCGAUUUGACCUGCGCAACCCGUCCGCACUCGCCCCGGAUGCGCCCGAUGAGGAUGCAGUCCUAGACGCAGAUGAAAUUGGCCGCCGUGGGCAACAAGUGCGUCGCAAAGCUGUCAACCUGGACGGGUACGACUCGGACAGCGACAAUGAAGGCUUCGAUGCGCGAGUCGAAGCCAAAUCGAAACAAGCUCGGGCCAAAGACGAUGGGGAUGAUGAUGAUAUGUUUGCUGAGUUGCAAGAGGAUUUUGGCGACGAGGAGGUUGACGCUGAUGAGGCUUCGCGAAAGAAUAAAAAGUCCGUGAGGUUUCUGCGGGACGAGGAAAUCGAGGGGCAAAUAUCCUCGUCGCGAAGUGGCGGUACCUUCCAAGGCGAUCUCACAAAGGGAGCAGAUACAGUCGAUGUGGACGAGGCGGACAGCGAGAGUGACGUCGCAGACGAAGACCGCGCCAAGGUUGACGAGGAGGUUGAUGAAGAGCUCGGUGCUGGUGGAAAAAAGAAACAUGCGCCUUUACUUGAUGCGUUCAACAUGCGGACAGAACAGGAGGAGGGCAAAUUCGACGACCAAGGAAAUUACGUACGAAAGGCAGUAGACCCAGAUGCUGUCUACGAUACAUGGAUGGAGGGGAUCUCAAAGAAGGAUAUGAAGCGGGCCCAAGAGGCAGCAGAGAAAAGAGACGCCGAGAGAAAGGAGAGAGAUAGGAAGGAUGACAGUGUUUUAACAGCAGACGUGUUGAAAACGAUCAUCGUCCAACUGCAACGAGGAGAAACGAUAUUGGAAGCUCUCGCUAGAUUAGGCAAGGGCCUUCAACGAAAGCCGAAAUGGCAAAACAAACAACGAAACAAGAACCGAUCGAAACGUAACGGAGCCGAACAGGAGGAUACUGAAAUGACAGAGGAUGAUCCGAACGAGGCCGCCCGAAAGGAAACAAUUAUUGCCCUCACCGGUGCGGCCGAUAUUCUCAUGACCCGAGGACAGGCAGAAAUCUACGAUACGGAGCGUGAGAAGCUCACAAGACAGUACCGUCGCGAGACUGGCGAGGACUGGGUUGAUCCUCCCGCAGAAUCAGCAGAUGCGAGCCUCAAUAGUGGCGAAGCACCGGUGAUGUGGGAGUUUCGUUGGUCUGACGCCCGAGACGGUGGAAAUGUGCAUGGCCCGUAUGAUAACUCCAUGAUGGAGUCUUGGAGGAAUGCAGGGUAUUUCGGCGAUGGAGUGGAGUUUCGAAAAGUGGGCGAUACAGGUGAAUGGAAUAAACAAGCUACAUUUGUAUAA